UUAGUAAAAUCAAAGUAUUCAUUCAUAAGUUCAUAGCAAACGUAAAGACAUUUCAAAAUAAUAACAAAAAAUGGAGAGAUGUCGGAAAAGUUGCAACAUGAUGUGAAUACAAAUGAAGAUUUGUGUGAAGAAACCAGCCAUUUAUUUAACCCUGGAUUUAUUUUGAAAAGAAUUUAAUAAGAUCUGCCUAAAAUGACAUUUGAGAAGAAAUCUCCAACGUGUAUUACAUCCUCGUACGAAGUAACAUUAAGCACAACAACAAGUGAUCCGAAAUGGAUGUUUUGGAAAAAACGAAGAUAUGUUGUAGCAGUACUUGCAUUUUUCGGGUUCUUCAAUGCUUAUGCCUUAAGAGCAAACCUAAGCAUUGCCAUUGUGGCCAUGACAGAAAACAAAACAACUGUUUUAGAGAAUGGAACAACUAUUCAGGAACCACCGGAAUUUGACUGGGACUCAAAAGUCCAAGGUUACGUGCUAAGUUCCUUCUUCUACGGUUACAUAACGACCCAGUUACUUGGUGGCUGGCUCUCUGCAAAAAUUGGAGGCAAGAGAGUCUUCGGAGGAGGAAUUGCCGUCACAGCUUUUCUAACAUUAAUAACACCCAUCUUGGCAAGAAUAAACCUUUCAUUGCUCCUAACUCUAAGAGUAAUCGAAGGUAUUUUCGAAGGGGUGACAUACCCAUGCAUCCACGCUGUAUGGUCCAGAUGGGCGCCCCCUUUAGAAAGGACCAGACUGGCAACUUUGGCCUAUGCAGGAAGUCAUAUAGGCACCGUCGUGUCAAUGCCAGUUAGUGCCUAUUUGGCGACAGCUUUAGGUUGGCCCAGCAUUUUUUAUUUUUUUGGUAGUCUUGGAUUGAUUUGGUUUGUGAUUUGGUGGGUGGUUGUUGCCGAGUCACCAGCUGAAGAUUCUCGAAUUUCGAAAGAAGAACUCGAGUAUAUUGAACAGUCUUUGGGGAAUGUUGAUGCAAAACGAAACAUUGUGUAUCCCUGGAAGAGUAUUUUUACGUCUGCGCCUGUGUGGGCGAUUGUCGUUGCACAUUUUACGGAUAAUUGGGGAUUUUACACUUUGCUGACACAACUACCAAAGUUUAUGAAAGAAGUACUAAAUUUCCCCCUAAAUACAAGUGGCAUCCUCUCUGCCAUCCCUUAUCUUGCAAUGGCCAUUACGAUUCAACUCUCAGGACACUUGGCCGAUCGCCUCCUUGAAAAAAAAAUUUUUACUACGACACAAGUUCGAAAAAUAUUUAAUUGUGGAGCUUUCAUAAUUCAUGCUGGGUUUAUGAUUGGUGCAGCGUUUUGUGAAACUGCUGUAUCGACAAUCACCUGCUUGGUUCUAGCCGUGGGCUUGGGUGUGUUUUCUUGGUCAGGAUUUGGUGUGAAUUAUUUGGACAUUGCCCCUCAACAUGCAAGUGUUAUAAUGGGUGUUAGUAACACAUUUGGAACUUUGGCUGGAAUUUUUAGCCCAAUUGUUACGGGAUAUAUAGUUACGACACCUUCUGCAGAUGAGUGGCAAAUUGUGUUCUUCAUAGCUAGUGGAUUAUUUGUGCUUGGAAGUAUUGUGUAUGGAAUCUUUGCGUCAGGAGAGGUACAACCGUGGGCUUUCCAGUGUUGUGAGGAUGACAGUACUGAAAAAAAGACUGCUGCAUAUGAAAACAACUAUUGUGGAGUUGAAGAUUAAAUAUCUAUUAAAAAAUAAAGAACUAGUGUUACAUAAA